AUGCAUGCAUGCAUGUGCGUGAGUACUGGCGUCGGAUGGACAAUUCUUUGUGUCCGAGACCGGCCAAAAGAAGGGCCAUCCGAAGGGUUCGUCGAGGCCGGACGACUUGAGACUGACACGCACGAGCCUGACACUCUGGACGGAGACAAGAUAAAGUUGACUUUCGGCACGAGACACGAGUUAUCCUCGUCGUCACCGUCACCGUCGUCGUCGUCACGCCCACCUCGACCCCCUUUGGCCCCCGCCAACCGGCCAGCAUCCUCGGCUGCUGUCGCCGCGGUGACCAGCCGAGGCCGUUCUGACUGGCACCGGCACAAUCGGCUUCUGGCAGGCCUCCGUCGCGUAGCUCUUCUCUCGGAUUGCAUGUCCGGCCGCUCCUCGAAAUCCCGGACGCAACGGCACACUCGAGGUCGCCUCGACGACACGACAGCCUCUUUCCUCUUUUCACUCGUCUCCUCUUCACCACCACCACCACCAGCGUCAGCAACACUCCGGCCGGACGCAUAG